GAUGCACUUCAGUGUUGCACAUACCUGAAAGGCUGUUUAGUUCAUUACUUGUUCUACCUUACAUGUAAUUAAUUGAGUAACAUCCAUUGUGCAGCAUGCAUCAUUUGUGUAUCAGCUAAUGGCAGCAAAAUGUAUAUGGUGACUACUGAGAGGUGAUGCUGUCCGUGAAAUCUCUAACCCUGAGCUUCUGGUCAUGGCAAGAGUAUGCUUCUUUGGUGGCUGGGUAUAUCCUCAAAGUUUGGCUGCUAGAUAUAAAUCUAAGAGCUUUAGCAUUACUGAUAUUCAGGCUGGGUCAUGUGGUGUCGGGUGUUCUGGGUAGCAUGGUGCUUCCUUUAGCUAAUGCCUAAUACAUGAAUAGCACAAACAUAACUCCUUCUUCUCUUUGUUCUAUUCUAGUGAAAGACAUAAUUCCACUCGGUCGUCCAUUACAUCACAGAGAUGAUGAUAGAGGAAGAUCUCGCCCAGUUCCACAGUGCUCAUCUCAGGAGACAAAUAAAAAGCAUGCACACACUCUGAAACCUUUAAACCCAUUCUCACAAUGUAUACCUCCUCAUAAAUCUGUGCUAGAAAGGAAGAAUAGAGCUGCUGUAGAAUUACCUUCAGACGCCAAAAAGACCUUUGCAGGAGACCAAGAGAGUCUCUCCAAUUACAAUGCAUCAAUGAGAAAAGUACUAUUUAACAACAACAAUGACAACCACAUAAAUAAUGAAAGAUCAUGCCAGUCUACUGGUAAAAAAGAUGCUCCUUUACAAAGGCAGGGUUCAUAUGUCAAAGAGAGAGAAUUCGCCCUUGCUUUCUUUAAGCAGCUGAAUGAGAAUUUGAAGGUUGGAAAGCCUGUUGCGCAGUCAGGGAAUACUCCACAUAAGAUGCCUUCUGUACAGCCUCUCAUUUCCUCUAACAUUUCUGAGAGCCACAAAGCUUCAGCUCCACCAAACUCUCAGAGAACACAGAAUUUCGAAAGAGGUGUAAAUCAGCAGAGCCAGCAGUCUGUUGAAAAGAUGGACAAACCGGCCGAUUGGGAUCACAGCUCAUUUACCCUUAGCCAGGGAGAACGUGUGCAGCACCAGGCAACUGUACCAGGUGACAAAUCUCUGUCCUUGAAGAGACGAAGAGAAUCCAACGAAGAAAGACAUGGGGAGAGCAAGAGACUGUGUCAAGAUGGUGUUGAACUUUACUCAUUAUCUUCUAGUUCUUCCAAUUCCAGCUCACCACCAAAAUUUAUUAAGCGUGCCUUCUUAAAGGAAUUUGAUGGGCCUGUGCUGACUCUAAAGGAGAAAUGCUCCCCAAAGUUAAAUAUUUGUACUGAAGACAGGAUAAAGACUUCAAACAAUGUAGCCAAACCAUGGACAGAAAGCCAUAAACUCCAGACAGCAACUCCGAUGACUACGGGCCAUGGAACAGGUUAUAAAAAAGAGGAGAUGAGAAGAUCUACUGAAAAUAAAUGUCUUAGAGGUAACUCGGCCACUGCUGACAAUUGCGCGUCACAUACCAGCAAAAAACAGGAAGAAGGUGGUUCACCCGUCUCCUCACACACAAGCUCUUUGCUAGCCUUUACAGAUAGGCUUGAGAUCAGCUUUCCUAUCCAGCAAUCAGAUAUAACUUCACCCAGCUCUCUGGAUGGCACGGACUCACACAAUUCAAAGACUAUUACCAGAGAUAGGAAGGAUGUAGACUUGGUAUGGCAUGAUCCUCUAGAUUUGGAGUUGGGGGAGGAUGAGUGGUUGGAUACCUGUGUUCUCAGCCUCAGCAGCAGCCAUAGUAGUGAGGAGGAUCAACUGCUGCCUUUGAAGGAUAUCUUUGCACGCAGCACCCGUGUGCCCGUGACUCCAGAGAAGAUGACGUUCUCUGAGCCCAGCACUCCAGACCUUAAAGUUGUCCCAGAGGAUUGUAAAAAUAAGGCUACAAGUUAUAAGAAUACACUGGAGCAAAUGCUGAAGGAGAAGGAGCAGAAUAGAAAAUCUAAGGAGCGUGAAAUGCAGCUGCUUCAAGCUUGUAAAGAAGACCUGUUGAAACUAGAGGAAGAAGAUGAAAAUGAAGAAGAAGAACUUUCCCAUGAGCAAAGGGAAUUCUUACAAAGAUUCUCGGUUACAUCAUGCGUCAUAAGAGACAUCCACCCUGGAGAGGAAGUGUUCACUCUCGCCAACUCUGGCCGACUCUUCAACCAUCACAGUCUGGACUUGAGGAAGACGGGUAUUACCCCGAACAACAGAGCGCAGAAGACUCUGCUACAAGCGCCUUUAGAGCAGCUUCUGCCACUGCUGAGUGCAGGCUUGUUUAGAAGAGCCUACUCAUCUUCCCCCUGCCAGCCUCAGGUCACCUGCUGGCUUUUUCAGAUGAUGUCAGUGCACCCGAAUCCAAUCGUCUGUGCACAGAUUCUUCAGGCCUUGACGUCUAUUGCCUUAUCUUCUGCUCAACAAAUAGUGGAGAAAAGCAAUAAGAAGUUUGAGGUGUGGGUGCCCACUAUACAGGAUGUUGCACUAGUCUUUCUAAACAUGGGUGCAUCGUUUGUCAGUUUGUUUCCAUUGGAGGCUCUACAACCCUCUUUCACAGAGGGAGAUCUGCUUGAGAGUUUGGAAAUCCAGCCUGAUGUUACGAGAAGUGAGAACGAACGUGAUACAUUUCCAGAGCACAAUUUUGAGAACAUUAUCAAGUACAUGGCACUAUGUGCAGCCUUGUGUCCAAAGGUGUACAGUGAUGAGGAGCUGUUGUUGAUGUUGACAGUGGUGUGUAGAGUUAGUCUGGAAACACGUUUGCAGCUGCUGCCCACUGGAGACCUCAGUUGCCUGCUACAGCACCUCCUCAACAACAUGACACAAUGGGAAAUACAGUUGCCUCAGGUUUGCCAGGCCUUUACCAAUCUGAGUGAGGAUCACCACAACCUCAGACGUCUCGUACAGCUUCUACCUCAUAGCGUCCGCGGAAAGCAAUUAAGGAGACACGUGAGCCUGUCGGUCAUCUCUAAACUGUUAAACCACCGAUGCACUUAUACACCCUCUUGCACCGAAUUUCAGUUGUCUGAUCUGAGAUGUUACCUACCUCGAAUGCGUCCCUCCUCGCUGUUAAAGGGCUUAAUGGCUGCAAAUACCACAGAGCCACAGGACACUGAUGACUGUGCCACCACUCCAGACCAACAGGCUUAUUAUCUCUGCUACAGCCUUUUGGCUUUGACAAAUGAAGCCUCCAAUUUUGAAUUUUUGCCCCAAAAUCAGAGAAAUGAGCUGCUGCUACUGUGUGCUGAACUAGAGAAACACGUUAAGUGCGACAUCAGGGAGAGUGAGAAAAUGCUUUACAGGAGUAAGGUAAAAGAUUUUGUUGCUAGAAUAUACACCAAAUGGCAGGUGCUUCUCAAAAGAUCAAGAUCCAAUGAGGGAUAUGAUUUCUGGAAACCUCUCCCUGAGAAUGAAAAGCCCAUAAAAAAUAAGAGCCAAUUCAGUAAGCUGGAAGACACAGAGGAGUCAUUGAGUGAGGAGUCUGCCAUUGUCCAGUCACACGAGGAAGAUUGCAUGGAGGAGAAUGAAGACGUACCAAUGGAAAGUGAAGAACAGCUAGAGGACAUUGAUGAACUGAUUCAAGACAAGAUUGAAACGUUACAGGGAGUUUUCUCUGAAAUGAAAGAGAAUCAAAGCUCUUUAAGCCUGGAUGAAAAAGAUGCAGAUGAGAUGAAAGAUUUUAAUGCAAUCGAUGAACUGCUAGGAGGAAGUUCUGAAGGGUCAGUGGAAAGUGAUGAGGAUGAAGACCUCAUUAAAAGAGAAGAAGAGCUUCUUAAAGAUGACGAGUCUUUAGAGAGAAAUGGGUAUCUUGAAGGGGGAGAAAAUGAGCUUGAGUUUGAUACAUUAGAGAAAACAAAUAAGGAGCUAAUCUUAGAUGAAUAGUCAUUUACUGACAUCUGGACAUGGUUGCCCCACUUUUCUGUAUCACACACAAACAUACCCAAUGUUAUAUGAAAGGGCAGUAUCAUACAAAUAUAGAAUAGUUACGAAAAGUGUCCAAAGUAUGCGGCCAUUAAAAUUUGUGAACGUUUGGAGAGCAGAUUCCUCAUUUCACUCUUUAGGGAAGCUUAAGCUGUCCACAUAUUUACUCUGUACUUUCAGUACAACUGUACCAGGCACUUACUUGCUUGGUUCAAGUCACUGUGCUAGAGAGUGAAAGAACACUUGUUCUAUAGUACUUUUGUAUAAAAAAGCAUGAUGCACUGUCUUAACGACCCUGUAGAGGGAGCUUUUUCCUUAUUCAGUCAGUGGCACAGGGUUUCUCUUGUUUAUGCUGCUAUCUUUGAAGGUUUAUUUAUAUUUUGGACUUUUACAUUUUUUUAAAGGGAUGUGUGUAUUACUGGGGAAAUUGGCUGUAAUGGUUUUGUUAAUAAGAUAUUAAGGUGGAUUUAUUUUUAUCUGUUUCUAUGACCGUUUACAACCAAAAAAAAAAUAGAUACAUAGGUGUCAACACAUGUAAAAAUUAAUUGUAAUGCACUUUUUACAUUUCAUUAAAAAUAUUUUUUAAUGGCCAAAUAGUUUUUGAAAUGUUUACAUUCAUUGCAUGAAAAUUCAUUGUAUGAACGUUACAGUAUAAUUCCUGGAUAAACAAUAUAUAACUGAAUGUAUUUACAACUAAAGAAGCUAUUUUUCUGUUUA